AUGACAGUCGCUAAAAUGCUCGGUCUCACCGUUCUUACCGCUUUGCUGGUGGCUGUAUCCGUCCCGCCAUCCUGGUGCUGUGACCACCCGGUGGGGUACGAGCCGUGGAACAUCUCCCGGCGGGUCCAGGCGGCAGAGCUGGUGGUGUGGGGCCGCGUCCUGGCCACGCACGGCUUCAGGGUGGCCGGCUCAACCUCCUACACCGCAGAGGUACAGUUUGAAUGCCAGGUGAAGGGGGACGCCGAGGCCCUGGCGGAGGCUGGCACGUUCAACGUCACGGACAUGGGCCUGGUCAACCCGGCGCACUGCGUCGCCAACCACGUCGACGUCGGCGCGUACUACUUCUUCUUCCUGACGUACAACGACGCCGAGGUUCUGACGCCGCAGGACGUCAACCAGCAGUCUGCGGUCGUGCCGGACUGCGAGGAGAAUCGGCAGGCGUUCUUCCGCUGCUGCGGCUUCUACACGACCUUCUGCCGACCGGAGGGCGGAGCCGACGUGUGCCCGACAACCGCCGGACAACCGAACCCCGACAAACCAACCGAAGGCGGCGUCCUCCAGACCACAACGCCCUACAUCUCCGGCGCCACAAGUCUAGGAAUCACCGCCAUUCUACUGUUUGUAGUAGUUGCCUUAGUGGUAGAAUUCGUUCCUUUCUAA